GUUCCACACGCCACUUUUUCUUCCGGGAAUAUUCUCUCCUGUGCCCUCCUCAAUGAUUGGGUAUAUAUGCGUCAUCCCUUCCAGUUAAUCCUGCAAAAGUUCAUCACCGUCAUAGGAAAAAUUGCUGCUUUUUUUCUUGGAGAUUGCUACAAUCGGCUACGGAUCUCAGGUAGGUGCCCCCAUUUUCUUGUUUCAGUCUCGGUUGGGAAUUCUUCAGGCUUCUGGAGGAGGAGCAGCAGCAUGAGCAUGAGGCUGCUGUGGGUGGCCGUGACAUGGCUGGCGGUGUGCGCUGGGGCGCGCGCCGGCAGGGGCAGCGGCGAGCAGCCGCUGUCGAGGAUCGCGGUGGAGAGAACGGUCCUCGCCGUCGACGGCUCGGCGCACGUCAGGGCGUCACCUUCGGUUCUUGGUCUGACGGGACAGAACAGUGAAUGGGUGGAUGUGGAGUUCUUCCAUCCGAACCCAUCCAAUGACGAUUGGAUUGGUGUGUUCUCUCCUGCGAAUUUCAGUGCUGCAAUCUGUGAGCCUGAGAAUAACAGGCAGUAUCCCCCAGUGUUGUGCACAGCACCUAUCAAGUACCAAUUUGCGAACUUCAAAAAUGAUGGCUAUAAUAAGACUGGAAAGGGCUACCUGAAGCUUCAGCUGAUCAACCAGAGGGAAGAUUUCUCGUUUGCACUUUUUUCAGGAGGUCUCUUGACGCCCAAGCUGAUUGCUAUUUCAAACAAGGUGGCCUUUGCAAAUCCAAAGGCACCAGUCUACCCACGUUUGGCGCAGGGGAAGUCUUGGAAUGAAAUGACGGUCACCUGGACAAGCGGAUACGAUAUUACAGAAGCAGUUCCUUUUGUUCAAUGGGGUGAGAAAGGAGGACGCCGAUCUCUUUCCCCAGCUGGAACAUUAACAUUUGACAGAAAUAGCAUGUGUGGUGCACCGGCACGGACUGUGGGUUGGCGCCAUCCCGGUUACAUUCAUACUAGUUACCUGAAGGAUCUGUGGCCAGACUCACUGUAUAUUUACAGGCUUGGCCACAGGCUUAUGAACGGCACCCACAUCUGGAGUAAGUCAUACAUUUUUAAGGCAUCACCUUAUCCCGGUGAAGAUUCUUUGCAACGAGUUGUCAUAUUUGGGGACAUGGGAAAGGCAGAGGCAGAUGGUUCCAAUGAGUUCAACAACUUCCAGCCAGGCUCACUGAACACUACUUACCAGAUCAUCAGAGACCUGGAAAACAUCGACAUGGUGGUCCACAUCGGGGACAUUUGCUACGCGAAUGGCUACUUGUCUCAGUGGGAUCAGUUCACUGCACAGAUUGAACCGAUUGCUUCAACUGUGCCAUACAUGAUUGGCAGUGGUAAUCAUGAGAGGGAUUGGCCUGGCACUGGUUCUUUCUAUGGGAACCUCGACUCCGGUGGAGAAUGCGGGGUUCCUGCUCAAACAGUUUUCUACACUCCAGCUGAGAACCGUGCAAAAUUCUGGUACGCGACAGACUACGGUAUGUUCAGGUUCUGCAUUGCUCACACAGAAGAAGACUGGAGGCCCGGGACCGAGCAGUACAAGUUUAUCGAGCAAUGCCUGUCAUCUGUCGACAGGCAGAAGCAGCCAUGGCUAAUCUUCCUUGCACACCGUGUUCUCGGGUACUCAUCAUGCGCCUACUAUGAAUCGGAAGGCACAUUUGAGGAACCGAUGGGGCGUGAAGCGCUACAGGAGCUCUGGCAGAAGUACAAGGUCGAUCUCGCCUUUUAUGGCCACGUCCACAACUAUGAAAGGACAUGCCCAGUGUAUCAGAGUCAAUGCGUCGUCAACGCGUCGAACCACUACAGCGGCCCAUUCCAGGCGACGACGCACGUGGUCGUCGGUGGCGCAGGAGCCAGCCUUUCAGAAUUCACCACUUCAAAGAUCCAAUGGAGCUACUUCACGGACUUCGACUUCGGGUUCGUCAAGCUCACAGCCUUCAACCAUUCAUCACUGCUGUUCGAAUACAAGAAGAGCAGCGAUGGCAAAGUGUAUGAUCAUUUCACCAUCUCGCGUGAUUACCGAGACAUCCUCGCAUGCUCUGUCGACAACUGCCCCCGGACUACACUGGCGACCUGAAGUCCCUAUAGUUUCAGACAGGGAGUUCAGCUGAUGGAGUCCCUUAGAACAAGUCAGUUACUGUACCUACAUAGCUUUUUUUUUACUGCAACAAUAAAUGUGGCCUUUUUUCCUGCCUGCAUCGUUUCGUUGUAAUGCAGGUGCAAUUCUGAGUGCCUUUUGUUAUUACCUAAAGCUGAAUAGGUUCAGCAAGCGAGAUGAAGUGAUUCGCAAUUUUCAA